AUGGAAAUCGAAUCCGCCAUCUCCGAGUGGCUCCGAAAGGACCGAACCGAACCCGCCAAGAUGCCUCCCGGCUUCACGCCCCCCUACGAACUGUACACCGCCCGCUUCCCCAAAGUCAUAAAAGACAUAGUCAUGGCGAUAAUCGGCGUUCAGUACAAGUCAGCCGAGCUCAACGACGGCACCAGCCUAAAGAAAAUUUCCUCAUUCAUCUCCUCUGACGUCGUCGACCCCACCGCGCGCCCGGCGUUCCACGAGGUUGCCGCUGUGACUGAUAACCAUGGGUUCUACAACGUUGCGCUGUUUGCGUACUGGCCUAGCACGGAGGCCUACAGGGAGUGGUCUGUGAACAGUGGCUUUAAUGGCUGGUGGAGCAAGCUCGAACCGGAUGGGGAAGCUGGACAUGGAUGGUUCAUGGAGGUGUUUUUGCCGACGGCGGACCGGCUCGAGACUGUGUUUACCACAGCCACGCCCGAGGGCGCUGCGCACAUGCGAGAGAAGUUGAGCGGUCCGAUCAAAGAGCACGUAUACUGGGGUAGUAUGCGAGACCGCCUGCCCAUUUCACAAACGGACAAGCUUCUGGGGGAAGACAGCGAUGAUCAGUCACACGUUAAGGCGCCCGUCGCAAACGGCACAAGCCUCUCACGACGAGUCCGCGUUCCUGGAAAGAAGAACCUGGCCGUCAUCCGCUCCGGGCAGGACUGGUCAGCAGCGCUGGAGGAGGAGCGAGAGCUCUACCUCAAGUCGAUGCAGCCGCCGCUGAUCAGAGGAAUGGAGUACCUCCGCGACCACGGUGACGAGGUCGGCUGUUUCAGCUGCCGCUUCAUGGAUAUCGUCGAUCCCAUUACUGGCAACGUGGAAGGCAGCGGCACAGAGCGAACCUUUGGGCUGGCGUAUUUCGAUACCCUGUCCUCAUUGGAGCGCUGGAGCAAGGAGCACAGGACGCACCUGGCCAUAUUUGGGGAGUUUGGAAAGUAUGCGAAGAGGUUGGGGGACCGGAUGAGCCUGAGUUUAUUCCAUGAGGUGUUGGUGCUCGAGGCGGAUCAGCAGUUCUUCGAGUAUAUCGGAUGCCACGGAGGGACUGGGAUGCUGAGGUCACUAUAG